GUCAAAGUCCAACCUAAAUUCUCCUUUAUCAUUUGAAUUUAGUAUUUUUUUAAUGUUUUAAUAAUGGAAAGUACAAAUAUUGGUAGAACGAACGAAGAAAUAAUAAGCGAGCUAACGGAAGCCGUUGAAAACGAUUUGUCGGUUAAUGAACAAGCAGAUGCAGCGAAAAUAGCAGAAAGUGUUCGAAACGAAGGUAUUCCUGAAGAUUUCGAAAAAGACGACGAUGAAAGCAGUAGAGGUAACCAAAUUGAUGAUGAUAUAGACGAAGAAAAACUGAAGGACUUGGAGGUGACCUUAUCGGAUGAAGAAAAAGAAGUUCGCUAUAAAAAAUCAUUAGAACUUAAAAAAUCUGGUAAUGAGCAAUACAAAUUAGGCAAUCACUUGGAAUCCGUUAACAUAUACACAGAGGCUUUAUUAACUUGCCCUCUGAAAUAUCAAAACGAUAGGUCUAUAUUUUACGCUAACAGAGCUGCCUCGAAAAUAUCCCUAGGAAGAAAUGAAAGUGCUAUCGAAGAUUGUACGAAAGCUAUAGAACUAAACGAAAAAUACAUAAGAGCAUAUUUAAGAAGGGCUAAACUGUACGAAACAACUGAUAAACUAGACGAAAGUUUGGCAGAUUAUAAGAAAGUUUUAGAAUUUGAUCCAGGUAAUAAAGAUGCUCUACAGGCACCACACAGAUUGCAGCCACUUAUCGACGAAAGAAACGAGAAACUUAAAACAGAAAUGCUUGGUAAAUUGAAGGAUCUAGGAAACGUGUUUUUAAGGCCGUUCGGAUUAUCCACUGACAGUUUUCAAAUGACCCAGAAUCCUGAUACUGGAGGUUAUUCAAUUAAUAUUAAAAACCAAUAAGUUUAUAUCGUAAAAAAGUAUGUCUGAUGUCUAAAAAAGUAUGUUCUUAAUAAUAAAUGCUUAAAAGAAAGGAUUAAUUUUGGUUUUAA